GAAAGAAAACCGGAGAAAACAAUUUUUCAAAACGAUUCUGUUUUGACAGUUUUUAUCUGCAACGAUUUUUGUGCAUCGAGUGUGCUGGUUCGAAAUUAUUGUUUUAUAUCUUGAAAUAUUAUAAUUAAUUCAUAAAAAUGACUCGCUAAUAGUUCCAGAAAACUUAGAAAAAGAUCCGUUGUAAACAUCGCAAGUGCAAACAGAAAUACCGAAUUCAAAAUGAACUCCCGCAUGACGACACCAAAGAUUACCAACCGUUUUGGAUCUCCUUCAAGACUGGUCACUCCAGUACGGUCAAACCUGCCGAAAUCGACGAUGAGUAGUUCGUUGUUGUCCGGAAGUAAUAGAGGUAAAUUAAAUGCCUCCAGCAGCGAGAGCUUGAGCUCUGCUCCAUCAUCGGCCAUGAAGACCCCGAAGAAUCCAUCAGCUUUGUUUGCUAAUGCCAAAUCUAAAUCAUCAACAGCCCUGAACAGUUGCAUGACACCAUCGUCGUUAUUCCGUGGUACCACAUCGGCAACAUCAUUGAAACAUUUUAGUGGAACCCCGAAAUAUGGAGUGAAACAGACACGGUCACAUUUGGACGGAUUUGUUCGAACGACUCCAGAAUGUUUUUCAAAAGUGUCACUAGACAGUCCGCGUGUCGGUCGACAUUCGGUCAAGUUAGACGAUUCAGUAAAAUCUUUGAAAGAUAAAGACGGGAUCAAUGGUGAAAUUAGUAAUUUAAAAGUGGCGGUUCGAGUGCGUCCACUUUCUGUUAAAGAAUGUGUCGAAUCCGUGGCCAACAUUGUUCGAGUGAAAGAUAAUGACGUGAUAGUGAAUACUGGAAAUACAGCUGACAACUCGGCUGGAGUGGAACAUUGCUUUCAGUAUGACCAUGCAUUUUGGUCGUGUAAUGCAGACGACCCUGCCUACGUCGGACAAAGUAGUGUAUAUAACGAUCUUAUGCAGCCACUGUUGGAUAAGGCUUUUGAGGGAUAUAAUACAUGCCUUUUUGCAUAUGGUCAAACUGGUUCCGGUAAAAGCUAUAGCAUGAUGGGAUUGGACUCGGAUGAUCUGGAAAUCAACUCUGAAGCGGGAAUCAUUCCCCGAUUCUGCCAAGAGCUUUUCUCUCGAAUCGAAGCUAUCAAAGACCAAAUUCACGUAGAGGUCGAAGUUAGCUAUUUUGAAAUCUAUAACGAAAAGAUUCACGAUCUGCUAGCGGUUUCACACACGGAAGGAGUUUUCUCAGUAACUUCCUCUAGCGCUAAGAAGCCGCCGCUUAAAGUUCGCGAGCAUCCAAUAUGGGGACCGUACGUGGUUGACUUAAGUACCCAUCCAGUUGAUUCCCAUUCCGCACUACGAAACUGGCUCGCCGUUGGCAACAGUCAACGAGCCACCGCUGCCACUGGAAUGAACGAUAAAAGCUCGCGGUCCCAUUCGAUUUUUUCGGUUGUGCUGAAUCUGUCAGAGACGGGAACAGCUCAGGACGAUGGAGGCAAAAAUAUUCAUCAAACCAAGCGAAGCAAAAUUAGUUUAGUGGAUUUGGCCGGCUCGGAGCGCGUUAGUCACACUUGUGCUAGUGGAGAAAGGUUGAAGGAGGGUGUUAGCAUUAACAAAAGUUUAUUAACGUUGGGAAAAGUGAUUUCAUCGUUGGCGGAGUCUAAGAAGAUUCCGACGACCUACAUUCCGUACCGAGAUUCAGUGCUCACCUGGUUGCUAAGGGAAAGUCUUGGAGGAAAUUCGCGAACCGUGAUGUUGGCCACUAUUUCACCAGCAGCAACACAUCUGGAUGAAACACUAGCCACUUUGCGAUACGCCUGUCAGGCACGAACCAUCGUCAACCGAGUCAAGGUGAACGAAGAUCCACAUGAUCGCAUUAUCCGUGAACUGCGAGCCGAGGUCGAACGGCUGCAGGUUUUACGACAGGAUUACGAACGACAAAAACGACAUUCGGCCAAUCAGAACCAUCAGCCGAGAAAAAUAAUUAUCGAGACUUCCGUUGAUGAUGGUGAAGUAGAAGCGUUGCGGCAACAAUUGGCGGAAACCGAACAGGAGUUGGUUAAAGCUCAGAAAUCAUGGCAAGAACGGUUGCAGGAAGCCGAGGAUGUCCGUCGAACGGAGAUGAAGAUGCUGAAACGUAAGGGGUUGGCACUGGAAUUAUCCGCCGAACAGAAGGAACCUUGCUUGGUGAAUUUAUCUGCAGAUCCUAUGCUUUCGGGAACGUUACUGUAUAUUAUUCCGGUCGGGAUGGUGAAAAUUGGACGACCAUCUUCAUUUUCUUCGCCGGAUAUUGUUCUGGAAGGACCGUUAGUAUCGCAUCAUCACUGCUCAAUCGAAAAUCGAAACGGAAAACUUUUCCUAACCGCCGAAGAUGCAGAUCAGUACGAAACUUUUGUGAACGGAGAACUGCUUCGGGACCGGCGCCAGUUGUUCCACAAUGAUCGAGUAGUCAUCGGAGGGUCGCACUAUUUUCGGGUAUCGAACCCACAGUGCCCGAACCGUAGCAAGCAAAUCAUGGUAGACUUUCAACUGGCCCAUCAGGAAAUCCUGCGGGAGCAGGAAAUUCGCCUCCGUCGAGAAUUGGAUGCCGAUAAGCAGGCCGCUAUCGCGCGAAUCGAAGCCGAACGCAUUACCCACGAGCGUCAGUACGAGGAACGCCUUGCGUCGCUGGAGCUGGAGAAGUUCAGAUACAAAUGCGAUAAGGAACUGCUGGAAACGGAGAAGGAAGCAAUGCAAAAGAAAAGCAACGAAACAGAUUUGGAUGGGUCAUUUGUAAUUACCCCGUUCAAGUCCAAUCUGGCGGAGGAAAUUCGGAAGAUCAUGGAACGACCAAGCGAGGAGAGCUUACAUCAUGUUCAGCUUAUGGUCAAGGAAGCAACGCAAAGGUGCGCCGAUUUGGGACUGCACUUUGAGUUUCAACAAUCGCAAGUUUUAGAUGAGCAGGGUAUUUUUAGAGCCGUAGUUAAUAUUUAUGAUAAACCUAAUGACAAAGUUGCGGAAUGGUUACCUGCACGAUUAGAGUACUGGCUUAGCGUGGUUAGAGAUAGAGAGGAUUUAAACAUAGAGAAUAUAUUUGAAAAUUUCGAUUUGGAGUGGAAGGACGAUACCGCAGAAUUUAGACAGAAUAGAAAGGAGUCACGGAACUCUAGUAGAAUAUCGCUCAACUUAAGUUCGGUGAAAGAUAUGAUUUUCGGUAGGACUAGUAUCAGCGGACAGUCCAUUGCACCAAGCGGAAGCGUAAAAAAAUCGGAAGGCCUUCUAAAAUCAAUGUUCAAAAUGAGCACUCCGGCGCACAACAUCCGGAAAGAGCUGUUUUUAGAAGAUUGUGACGUAAGUGACUGCAGCCAGUUGAAUGAUGAGAACACUCCGAACAAUCAGCAAUCGCCCUCCCCUACAAAGGGUCGAUUUGAACUGAAGGUCAACAAUUAUCUCAAAGACAUCCAAGUCGCUACUCUUAAAUUGAAGAAACUAUGCGAGAAACAACAGCGAGGUAACUCUAAAAAGGCCAACGAAAGUGUGAUCGAUUUAGACAGCAGUGUCCGAUCCGAGGAAGGAUUAGCGAGGGAUUUCCUUCGCUCGAUAGGGGAAAUUGAAAACGCUCUCCAGGAUAUGCGAUUUGUGCUGACGGAGCAAAGUGUGAGACAGGCUGCAGCAACAGAACUGGCCAAAACGCCAAAGUCGGUAAGAUUUUUAUUGGAUUAAAGGAAGUUUAUGAUGAUGGAAAAAAACUAUCUCGGUCACAACACUUAAGUUUAAACUUAUUUGUUUAAUGGUGUUUGGGAGAAAGCUGACGCAUUGUGUGUUUAUUUACUUGCCACAUUUGUGAUAGUAUUAAACAGCUCUUUACCCUUUCUGCUAUUUAUUGAUUUUAAGCAAUUCUAUGUACAAAAAUUUGUAUUUUCGGUCCUUUUUAACGUAAU